AUGUUUGGAGGAGGAUUUAACCCAAUGAUGGGAAUGGGUGGUAUGAACCAAGGUUAGCCCUAGCAAGUAAAAGUAUCUGCAUUGGCUUUGAUGAAAAUGCUUAAGCAUUGUAGAUCUGGAGUGCCAUUUGAAGUAAUGGGAGUGAUGCUUGGGGAGAUGGAGGAUGAAUUUACAGUGACAUGUGUGGAUGUCUUUGCCAUGCCCUAGGUUGCCUCAACUGUAUCUGUGGAGUCUGUCGACCCUGUAUUCCAACUGAAUAUGGUAGAAAUGCUAGAGAAAGUUGGCAGAAGAGAAAAACUAGUAGGAUGGUAUCAUUCCCACCCUGGAUUUGGAUGCUGGCUUUCAAUUGUUGACAUCACCACUUAGAAAAGCUUUGAGCAAUAGAAUACUAGAGCAGUAGCAGUGGUUAUAGAUCCAAUAUAAAGCGUGAAAGGCAGAGUGGUGAUGGAUGCUUUCAGGUCAAUAAAUCCAUAUCACAUGAUGAUGAAAGCUGAGCCCAGACAAACAACAUCAAAUGAAGGCUAGAUGAAGAAGCCCUAGCGUGAUGCUAUGAUGCGUGGUCUCAACCGUUUAUUCUACUCCAUGAAUAUAAAGUCAAAGACAAGUGAUGAUAUAGAAACAGACAUGCUUAGUAAUCUAAAUAAACAAGAGUGGAGCGCUUGUCUGAAAAGAGCUUUAGCUUUUGAGGAUGAGGAAUAGGAUAUAAAUCAACAAUUAAAGGAGUUAGAGAGUCUAACAAAGCAGUUUAAGAGUUAGAUAAAUAUGGAUGCCUUAGUGGAGAAGGAAUUAGAUUUCAUAGGUAAGAAGCAGAUAAAGACACAUAUAGUGGAGAAGACUGAGAGUUUGAGUGAGUAGGUUGUUCUAAAUGAACUUAGUUUGAUGUUAAAUUCAGUUGCAUUCUGA